CUGCCAGCUCUGCUUCGUCCCCAGUGUGUGUGGAUACUAGUCGCUCUCCUGUUCCGUUUGGCCUUCAUAAGACUUCUCUCGCGGAUCUUAGUGAGAGAAACGAAGGAUCACAAAAACGCAACAGAACGAACAGCUUUGGAGAGCUAAGUUCUCUGAAGUGAAAUCGAGAUUUGGAUCGAAAGAAUGGCAGGGUAUGUGGGAGUGCUGGUAUCGGAUCCAUGGCUGCAGAACCAGUUCACGCAAGUGGAGCUUCGGAGUUUAAAAUCCAAUUUCUCUACGUUUCGGAGAGAGUCCGGACGUCUGACGAUAGCUGACUUGCCGGCGAAAAUGUCUAAGCUGAAGCACGUCGGAGAGAACCUUACGGAAAAGGAAAGAGAUGCGUUUCUCAGAGAUUCGUAUCCGAACAUGGAUGACGAUGUUGAUUUUGAACUUUUUCUUCGGAUAUAUUUGAAACUCCAAACACAUGCUACAGCUCGAAUGGGAAAUAAUGCAAAGAACUCAUCAGCAUUUCUAAAGUCUCCCACUUCUACUCUGCUUCACACAAUAAGUGAAUCUGAGAAGGCAUCAUAUGUAGCACAUAUCAACAAUUAUCUUGCUGAAGAUAAAUUCUUAAAGAAAUACCUUCCCAUAGAUCCUUCAACAAAUGAUCUCUUUGAGAUUGCAAAGGAUGGAGUGCUUAUCUGCAAACUUAUCAAUGUGGCUGUACCUGGAACCAUUGACGAACGGGCUAUAAAUAUGAAGAGAAUACUCAAUCCCUGGGAAAGAAAUGAGAAUCAUACCUUAGGCCUCAACUCUGCUAAGGCAAUUGGAUGUACUGUGGUCAAUAUUGGAACUCAAGACUUCAUUGAAGGAAGGAGGCAUCUUGUUCUAGGAGUAAUAUCUCAAAUUAUUAAGAUUCAACUAUUGGCAGACCUCAACUUGAAGAAAACACCUCAGUUGGUGGAGCUAGUUGAUGAUUGUAAGGAUGUAGAGGAGCUGAUGAGCCUGCCUCCUGAAAAGAUCUUGCUCAGAUGGAUGAACUUUCAAUUGAAAAAGGCAAAAUACAAUAAAACAGUCACAAACUUCUCUACUGACAUAAAGGAUGCAGAGGCUUAUGCUCAUCUCCUAAAUGUUCUAGCUCCGGAGCACAGUGAUCCAGCUACACUGACUGUGAAAGAUUAUCUGGAAAGAGCUAAGUUGGUUCUUCAACAUGCUGAUAGGAUGGGUUGCAAAAGAUACUUAACAGCAAAAGAUAUUGUGGAAGGUUCUCCUAAUCUUAACCUUGCAUUUGUGGCGCAUAUAUUCCAGCAUAGGAAUGGGCUUUCAACACAAACAAAGCAGAUUUCUUUUCUUGAAACUACUCCAGAUGAUGCCCAAAUGUCCAGAGAAGAGAGAGCAUUUCGCUUCUGGAUUAAUAGUCUUGGAAACUCUUCUUACAUAGAUAAUGUCUUUGAAGAUCUUAGAAACGGAUGGUUGCUUUUAGAGACACUUGACAAGGUGUCCCCAGGAAUUGUUAAUUGGAAAAUUGCAUCUAGGCCUCCAAUUAAGAUGCCUUUCAGAAAAGUAGAAAAUUGUAACCAAGUUGUCAAGAUCGGGAAACAACUGAAGUUUUCCCUAGUUAAUAUAGCUGGAAAUGACAUUGUACAAGGGAAUAAGAAGCUAAUAUUAGCUUACUUGUGGCAACUAAUGCGAUUCAAUAUGCUUCAACUUUUAAAGAACUUGAGAUUUCAUUCCCAUGGAAAGGAAAUCACUGAUGCUGAUAUUUUAGAGUGGGCUAACAGCAAAGUUAGAAAUUCCGGGAGCCAGAGUUGUAUGGCUAGCUUUAAGGAUAAAAGUUUGUCAGACGGUAUCUUCUUCCUUGAGCUGCUCAGUGCUGUAUACCCUCGAGCUGUCAACUGGAGUCUGGUCACGAAAGGAGAUACAGAGGAGGAGAAGAAGAUGAACGCAACCUACAUAAUCAGUAUUGCAAGGAAGCUGGGCUGUUCAAUCUUCUUGCUCCCUGAAGAUAUAAUCGAGGUAAACCAGAAGAUGAUACUGACACUGACGGCGAGUAUAAUGUACUGGUACUUGAAACAACCAGCGGAAGAUAGAAUGAGCGUCUCUUCAUCGGAUAGCGAGACCGGCAGCCUCCUGGACACAACCUCCACCUUCACAACGGACGAUACCGCUUCGGAGACUUCGUCAGACGAGAACAGCAGUAGAUAACUGCUAGCUCUGUGGGGGUGUCGGGUAUAUUAAUUAUUAUGAAUUCAACUUGUGAAACAAUCAAAUUCUUCAUGUUCCGCCGACUCAUUGGGGUAUUGUGAAAUGAAUUAGGCUUUGGGCGGCUAUGUAGUACUGUUGCAAAUUUUUUUGAAGGAACAAGUACACUGUUGUGAAUAGUGGAUAUGUUUGGUAAAGAAGGCAUUUUCGAAUCU